AGGCCAGUGGACGGAUUGGCAGAGAGGGAUGGAGGACACCGAGUGGAGGUCAGUGAAGGGAUUGGCAGAGAGGGGUGGAGGACACCGAGUGGAGGCCAGUGGAGGGAUUGGCAGAGAGGAAUGGAGGCCGCCGAGUGGAGAUCAGUGGAGGGGAUUGGCAGAGAGGGAUGCAGGACACCGAUUGGAGGGAUUGGCAGAAAGGGGUGGAGGCCAGUGGAGGGAUUUGCAGAGAGGGAUAGAGGGAAGCCAGUGGAGGGAUUGGCAGAGAAGGAUGGAGGGCAUCAAGUGGAGGGCAGUGGAGGGAUUGGCAGUGAGGGGUGGAGGACACUGAGUGGAGGUCAGUGGAGGGAUUGGCAGAGAGGGGUGGAGGACACCGAGUGGAGGCCAGUGGAGGGAUUGGCAGAGAGGAAUGGAGGCCUCCGAGUGGAGAUCAGUGGAGGGAUUGGCAGAGAGGGAUGCAGGACACCGAUUGGAGGGAUUGGCAGAGAGGGGUGGAGGCCAGUGGAGGGAUUUGCAGAGAGGGAUAGAGGGAAGCCAGUGGAGGGAUUGGCAGAGAGGGAUGGAGGCCAGUGGAGGGAUUGGCAGAGAGGGGUGGCAGAUACAGAACGGUUAGUAAGGUGGAUGAGUCUGGCAGCAGCAUUCAUGAUAGACUGAAGAGGGGAUAGCCUGCGAUGAGGUCAGCCAAUGAGGAGGGAGUUACAAUAGUCAAGGAUUGUGUGUUUGGUAGAGAAGCAUUUAUUAUACAUUCCAAGCC